AUGAGCAGCACCGAACCAGUGAUACCACAAAAACGUAACCUGGAAUCAGAGGAAAGACAUCAAUACCAAACGAGAUCCACAACAACAACCUCAAUUCCUAACAAUCAACAACUAGAUAGUCAUGAUAUUAAAGCUUUAUAUUCCAAGAAGAAAAACAUCGUGAUAAACAAAUUCAAGCCAAUAAUUUCAUAUAAGCCUAUAGAUUUUGAACAAUUCAAUGCACCACUUGCAAAAUCAUCAUUCGAUCCAAAUUUUCACAUUAUCGAAGAUAUACCAUUCAAUACAAGACGUGGAUUUCAAUACUCACCAUGUCGACCAAAUCCUGAUUUGUCCUUGCUGAAGUUCAGCACUUCUGACCUACCACCUUUCAAUGCAUCAUUGAGUUAUUUCGAUAGAUCAAGUGGAACUUUUAUAAGUGGUGAUUAUAAUAGUGUCACAACUGAUAAAGGAUGGUUAAGUGCUCGAACUAAUAUACCUAUACAAGAAGGGAAAGUAUAUUUCGAGUUCAAUAUUGUUAAUUCUAAUGAGCAAAGCCAUGUUAGAAUUGGUGUCGGAAGAAGAGAAGCUUCUAUAGAGGCUCCUAUUGGAUUUGAUGCAUAUGGGUAUGGAUUAAGAGAUAAAACUGGUCAAAAAUUACAUCUAUCGAGACCUGUUAAAUUUAUGAAGGAAGGUUUUAAAAGUGGUGAUGUUAUUGGAUUUUUAGUUGAAUUACCUAAAACUGAAUUUCAAGAUAUUGUUAGAGAUCAAAUUGCUAUAAGGUAUAAAAAUCGAUUAUAUUUUGAAAGAUUUGAUUAUACACCAACUGAAAAAAUGGAACAUUUGUUGAAUCCAGUCACAGUGUUUGGUGAAAAAGCUAUACCUGAUUUAAAUCCUUUCAAACCUGAUUUUUUACCAAAUUCAAGCAUUAAAAUUUAUAAAAAUGGUGAAUUUAUCGGUACUGCAUUUGAAGAUCUAUAUGCUUUCCUACCUCCUUAUUCAGAACAAAAAAACAAUAUAAAUAAACUAAACAAUAAUGGUACAUUGGGUUAUUAUCCAACAGUUAGUGUUUUCAAAGGUGGAAUUGCGGAAAUAAAUCCAGGUCCAAAUUUUAAAUGUAAACCAAAUGAUUUAGAACCAGAUGUUAAAGAAUUUCAUGAGUUGUACAAUGAAAAAAUAGCUGAUGAUGUUGUAUGGGAUAUUAUUGAUGAAAUUGAAGCUGAAGCAAUACAAACAACUAUAGAUAAUUCAAGUUAA